GGGGGUGGGCGGAGGGGGUCGGUCUCCGGCCCCCAGUCCGGGCCCCGGCCCUCGGCCGGGCUCAGCGUCGAAGGGGGUCGGUCGGUGGGUCGGGGAGGCCCCCCUGGGCUGGGCCGGACCCCGCAGGAUGGGGACGGUCCUGUCUCUGUCUCCCGCCUCCUCGUCCUCGGGCCGGGGCCGGCGAGGUCCGGACGAGAAGAAGAAGGGGGCCGGGGGUCCCGAGGGGGGCUCGGCGGCUCUGCCGUCGGGGAAGGUGGGGAAGGGGGACGGCCGGCUGAAGAGGCCGUCGGUCCUGCUGUCCGCCCUCACCUGGAAGCGACUCGUGGCCGCUUCGGCCAAGAAGAAGAAAGGCGGCAAGAAGGCGACGCCCAAGCCCGCCUCCUCCGGGCCGGACUCCCUGGUGCAGCAGCGCAACCGGGAGAACCUCCGCAAGGGCCGGGAGGCCGAAGGGGGCCCCAAGCCCCUGGCCGUGCCCGUGCCCACCGUGCCCCCCGCCGACCCUCCCCCUCCGCCCCCUCCCCCUCCGCCCCCUCCUCCCCCUCCGCCCCCGGCGCCCCCGGCCUCCCCCGGCUCCGGGGGUCGAGAGGGGGGCUCGGGGAAGACGCCCCCGGCCCCGGGGGGCUCCCCGCGCCGGGUGGUGGUGCAGGCCUCGACGGGCGAGCUCCUGCGCUGCCUGGGCGACUUCGUCUGCCGCCGGUGCUACCGGCUGAAGGAGCUGAGCCCGGGCGAGCUGGUGGGCUGGUUCCGAGGCGUCGACCGCUCCCUGCUGCUGCAGGGCUGGCAGGACCAGACCUUCAUCACCCCCGCCAACCUGGUCUUCGUCUACCUCCUCUGCCGGGAGGCCCUCCGCGGGGACGAGCUGGGCUCGGCCGCCGAGCUGCAGGCCGCCUUCCUCACCUGCCUCUACCUCGCCUACUCCUACAUGGGCAACGAGAUCUCCUACCCGCUCAAGCCCUUCCUCGUGGAGCCCGACAAGGAGCGCUUCUGGCAGCGCUGCCUCAGGCUCAUCCAGCGGCUCAGCCCCCAGAUGCUCAGGCUCAACGCCGACCCGCACUUCUUCACCCAGGUCUUCCAGGAUCUCAAGAGCGAGGGCGAGGUGGGCGCCGGGGUCGGGGGCCCGGGGGUGGGGGUGGGGGUCGGGGGCGGGGCUGCCGCCGCCAAGCACUGGACUAUCAGUUUGGAUCGCUAG